CGCUUGACCAAUCCGGAGCAACUCCGGAAGUACAGCCGCAUGAAUUUUAGCUCCGGAGAACCAGCCAGAGUCCGGACCUGUACGGCCGGUGUACCUGGACGAUGCAGGAUAUCAGAGUUGCAACUUGCCUCAGAAAAGCUUGGUUUUUGCAGCGUGCAACUUGCAAGUUGCUAGACCCCCUGAGCAGGGCGUCAGCAGAGAUACAAUCAGGCGCACUCAUUUGUUAUCAGAUAUUUUCACUGGCGACCAAUUGUUUGUGAGCUGGCAGAGUCAUACCUGUGUGCUCUGGUCUUCUUUCUGUGACAGCGCCCUUUUGAAACGAGGGCGCCGUUGCAUGCUCACAGGGCAUUGAGCACCCCGCGGUGGCGGGAAGUAUGGCGAGCAAAGUCCAAAAGCUGUAUGACGCUUGCCGGGCAGCCUUUGGCGCCAAGGGUCCCGCCUCAAAGGAGAAUCUGCAGUUGUUACAGGAAGCUCUUGACUCAGUGACGUGCGCUGACGUAGGUCUAGAUCCAGUAACUGAUGGGGAGACGCGCGGGUUUGGGUUUUUUGGUCGGCAGGGGCCCUGGGGCCGCCACAGUGCGGCGCCCCCCCGAUGGGCCCCGCCCAUCUCCUAUCAACACAUCUACGAAGAUCAACACAUUUCGAUUGGCAUCUUCUGCCUCCCCACGUGCGCCUCCAUCCCCCUCCAUAACCACCCAGGAAUGGUGGUUAUGAGCAAGCUGCUAUAUGGCGACAUGCACGUGCGGUCCUAUGACUGGGCCAACCAGGAGGCGCCUCCGGUCGGCCCCCAACACCCACCCCGACGAAACGCCGUGUUAGUUUGCGACGAAGUCCUCUCAGCCCCCUGCGACGCCCUGGUUUUGUACCCCACUUCGGGGGGGAACAUCCACGCGUUCACCGGCGUCACCCCCUGCGCCGUCCUCGACGUGGUGGCCCCCCCUUACGACCCGGAAUCGGGCCGGCACUGUACCUACUACAGAGAAACGCCAGUGCCUGCGAUGGUGGGCAAGCGAGACCACAAAUCAUCGGCCGUUACGGACGAAUCCAUCUGGCUAGAAGAGUUCUCUCCACCGGACGACUUCGUCAUCGAAAGGGGAUUGUACAGGGGACCUAAAGUGCAAGGUGUAAGGUAGCCCGCAUGUGCUUGUGUAUAAUCAUCGACGCAUCGUCCAUUGUUGGGUUGUUCAGGGGCAUUGCAUUUGCAUUGAUUUCCUCCGCAUUUGGUGAACGGAGAUGAGGCCACAUGGCCAGACUGACGGCAAAAUAAGUUGACUUGGUUUUCGCAGGCACUUAGGUAUGCAGAAUUGAGGUCACCUUUCUACAGUUCUGCUUGGGCGAAGUCAAACGGUCUCGGUCUGGGGCAACAAGUGGGGUCUCAACGCUCUGCACAUGAUCGAAUUGUUUGCAGCUUGAUAUUCAAG